AAGUAGAGCAGCAGCGUCUCCUGGAUACGGAGAGAAGCCGAGCACGCGCAGGAGGAACCUGAAGAUCAACAUCACUCGAAUUUAUUUUAUUAGAGGAAUAUUAAUCAGUCACGUGACUAAAUACUAUACACUUAUACACCGGGUUUUAGGAGUCAUGAUGAGAAAUGGCUGAGGUGAGCGAUCCCCUGCAGGCGUCUCUCAGUGUGGUGGGAGCGUUGGAGUGUGUGGUGAGGAGGUGUGUGGGGCCGAGCGGAGGAACAGUGAUCCUCACUAAAGACACUGGACAAACAUUAAUCACCAAACACGGACACAACGUCCUCACUGCCCUGCACCUGGAGCAUCCUGUAGCCAGGACAGUGUUGGAGUGUGUGUGUUCACAUGAUGGUGUUACUGCAGACGGUUCGAAGUCAUUUAUUCUCCUGUUGGCUGCGCUACUGAGGGGAAUCCGUGACUCUGUGCAUGACUCCGCCCAUGCACAUCGCCGCCACGCCUCCUGGAAACUGGCCAAUCAGCUUCAUGCGUUCUGCGGGGGUGGUUUAGAUGAUGUCGUAGCUCACGGCAUCGUUCCUUACGCCGUGUCUCUGUUCGGUCCGGGCGGAUGUGAGCCCAAGGGCGGAGUCUUGGCUGCGUUGGUGGGCGGAUUCGUCGGUGGGCGUGUCGGUCCCAGUCAGGCGGAGGUUCUGACGCCGCUGCUGUAUGAGUUCUGCAUGCGAGUCGGACAGGGAGACACGGACAGUGCAGCAAUCACAUUCAUUCACUCAAACUUCUCUGGGCUGCACACGGCCAUAUCUGGACUUCACAGCGCCCAGUCCUGCGUGGUGGAGGGUCUCCUGCUGUCCUGUGAUUGGUCAGUUUGGACAGAGAUGCGUGGUCCGGUGAAGGCAGUGGUUGUUGUUGAGAGUUUAGACUCACAUUAUGAUGAGAGCAUGAGUGUUCAGUUUGAGGAGCACUGGACAGUUCGGAGUGACGCCGUCAUACAGGACAGAUUAGCGGCUAUCCUCCGGCUUCGAGUCGGCGUCCUGCUGUCGGUGGUGAAGCAGCCGGACUGUGUGCUGCAGUGGGCGUGGCUUAACGGCGUCUCUGUGUUGGAGUGCUGUGAUCCGGUGCAGCUGGAGCUGCUGUGCGAACUCGACGCGGCUCAAACGCUCACAGUGCAGCCGCUGAUGCGUGUGGGGACGCUAACACACUGCUGCCGCUUCCAGCUCGGGGGACGCAGGUACGCUAACGUCAGACUCACACACACGUCACUACACACGUCACAACACACACACACCCUGGUGCUGUGUGCUCCUGCUGCCGGACCGCUGGAACAGAGUGUCAGUGUGAGCAGAGGUGUGUUCUCCAUGCUGCAGCAUCUGAACCAGUCUCACAGACACAACAACGUCUCACCACGUCCUCACGAGCAGAGUCUCACGUCCACUCAGAGCCUCACGUCCACUCAGAGCCUUGCGUCCACUCAGAGUCUCACGUCCACUCAGAGCCUCACGUCCACUCAGAGCCUCGCGUCCACUCAGAGUCUCACGUCCACUCAGAGCCUUGCGUCCACUCAGAGCCUCGCGUCCACUCAGAGCCUCGCGUCCACUCAGAGCCUCACGUCCACUCAAAGCCUCACGUCCAUUCAGCUGCACUCAUCAUGUCCAAACCUGUGGCAGUGCAUUUUAAAUGUUGGUGAUGUCAUCCCUGUGGGAGGAGCGUUUGAGUUUAUGUUCCAUCAUUAUUUGCUGCACAGUAACCAUGGCGACCCUGAGAGCCGGAGAAUACUCGCCGAGGCCGUACUGAGCGUGUCCAGAACUCUGCAUGCCCAUAGACCCGGAGAUUUCCUGCAGCAUCUCGUGCACUUCCAGAAUAACCUGCUGCGGCACCGUCCAGUCAGAGAGCAGGGCUCGGGGUCAGAGUUGACGUGGUGUCGGGGAGCAGAGGGUUUGGGGCGUGUGUGUGUGGAGCCGGUCUGUAGUAAACACCAGUUGGUGGCGUCUGUGCUGCAGUGUGUGAACAGACUGUUGCGUGUGGAGACUGUGAUACACACAGUGAGACCGCUCGCCCUCACAGCAUCGCCCGGGCCUCACCGUGAUGAUGAUGAUGAUGAUGAUGAUGAAGACGGGACAUGACACCAUGAGAUCGAUUUCCUCCUAAAAGGACCUGCAAUUUUAUGUUAUUAAAGUCCAUGAAUAUGUAAAUGUGGACACGCCCCCACGACUUCCUGCCACCCGUAACGCUGUUGCCAUGACAACCGCCUUCUCUUCAUGGCUAACAUUAUAGUAGAUAGAUAGAUGGCUAAAGUCUCAGUAGCUAUGUUAUCUUUUAUUAAUUUGUAUAUCAGACUUGAUUGGUCCAGAUGAUGUGUUUAUUAAGUGGCAUUACAACCUGAGAGUCUCAGACUCUAAGGUCGGACAGUCACAAUCACACAACUGUUACACAAACACAAACAAAAACACAAACACCACAAACAAAAACACAAACAACACAAACACCACAAACAAAAACACAAACACCACAAACACAAACACCACAAACAAAAACACAAACACAAACACCACAAACAAAAACACAAACACCACAAACACAAACACCACAAACAAAAACACAAACACCACAAAGAAAAACACCACAAACACAAACACCACAAACAAAAUCACAAACACCACAAACAAAAACACAAACACCACAAACACAAACACCACAAACACAAACACCACAAAGAAAAACAACAGAAACACCACAAACAAAAUCACAAA